AUGACAGCCAUUAUUCGCAAGUUGAGGAGGAAGCGCAAGCUUUCUUCCGAACUGCAUUCUCGAUGGGGCGAUGUAUCAAUCACUUAUCCCACCGAAGGCUCCUGGAGUCAGUGGGAUCAUCCUUCUAGCAUCAACAUGAAUGUUGCCCCUGAGCUGCCUUCGGAACAACGUCGAAGGCAUAGUUCGCCAGAGGCUCGACAUCGAGAAAGUAAUUCUUCUCGCCCCGAACCGACCCUGCAUGCUGGGGACUCGGAAGGACGAGAAUCGUCCGUCGAUUCUGCCAUGACAAUACCCACCGGACACUACGAUGCGAAAUUACGAAGUGGAUCAACAAAAGAACUCCCCCGCAGGAAAUCUCACAGCACCGCGGAAUUCGAUGAAGCCGAUGAAGACAUUAUUCCACUGCCAAAGGGGCCCAAACGGCUUCCGCAAGAAUUAAAUCGUCUCAAACUCAGAGCACAUAUGGAUGACUAUAGUCGAGCGUCCAAGUCGCCCCCGCUCUCUGUCACCUCGCGAAUGCGCCGACGCAGUCAGCAAAGCAACGUCACCGAGCCGACAGCAUCGGUUUCGGGGACCACGAGUUCCAAGCAUACGAGCUUUACGUCCUCAGUGCCGUCAGUUCUACCUGAGGAUUCUCGGCAUAUGUCUCAUUCUCCAUUUCAAGAACAGAAACUCGCUCGUCGGUCAAAGCAUCGAGAGACUGAGCCAGUCCGCGAGCCCGAGUUGGUACCCUCCUACGAUGAGCUGUACGGGUAG